AGCACAGACACCAUCCUUAGGGUCCCUGCCAUAUUUGGCUUUUGGAUGCUGCGCUUCUGUGGAGGCGAGGUCCAGGUCGCUCCCCUUCACUUCGACCUCCCCUUCAAUGACUGCAGGAACCACAGGAGGAUACCAGGACACCGAGUCGCUGGAAAUGGACUCGGUGACCUUUGAGGAUGUGGCUGUGCAUUUCACCACGGAGGAGUGGGCUUUGCUGGAUCUGUCCCAAAAGGAGCUCUACAAAGAUGUGAUGAAGGAAAUAUUGAGAAACAUAGUCUUUAUAGGAAACGUAAGGAAACACCAAAAGAUUGAAAAUGAACACCAAAAUUCUGGGAGAAAACUAAGAUGUCAACUGGUGGAGAAACUCCAUGACUGUACAGAGGGUCAUGAGUGUGCAGAGAUCUUCAAAUUCUCUACAGAGGGCACCGUGAACCACAAAUUUUAUCCAGGAAUACAUAUAUGUAAAAGAAAUGGGUUUGUAAAUGUAGUCAUCGGCCAUUUAGCUCUAAAUGUGCCGCUGAAACCUAGGCCAGGGCAAAACUCAAAUGAAGUUCAAGAACAAGGAGAAGACCUGUGUAAUAAUGAGGAACUUGGGAGCUCCUCCAGCCCUCCCUUGUCUUUACAGAAGCCUCAAAGUGCCGACACUACAGAGAAACCUGAUAAAACCAAGCAGCCUGAUGAAGACCUCAGACUUGGUCAAAAUCAGGAAAGGACUCCUGCUGAAGAGGAGCACCACGAAUGUAAGCACUGUGGGAAAACGUUCACUUCUCUGCGGUCCCUGAAGGGGCAUGAACAGCAUUACCACUCAAAGAAAUCCUUUGUGUGUAAGCAGUGCGGGAAGGCCUUCCCGUUCCCCAGUUCCCUGCAGGUCCACGAGCGCAUCCACACGGGGGAGAAGCCCUACGCGUGUAAGCAGUGCGGGAAGACCUUUGGCCAUUCCAGCUCUCUUCUCAGACACGAGAGAAUUCACACUGGUUCAAGUCCCCACGAGUGUAAGCUGUGUGGGAAGACCUUUACUCGUCUGAAUUCUCUUUUAAGGCAUAAGAUAAUUCACACUGGCGAGAAGCCCUUCGCAUGUACCCAGUGUGGGAAAAGUUUUUCUCGCUCUGCUUCCCUUCAAAGACACACAAGGAUCCACACUGGAGAGAAACCGUACCAGUGCAAGCAGUGUGGGAAAGGAUUCAUCACUUCUACUUACCUUCAAGUACAUGAACGAACUCACACUGGGGAGAAGCCUUACGUGUGUAAGGAAUGCGGGGAUGCCUUCAUGCUUUGGACUCAAUUUCAAAAACAUAAAGUAGUUCACAGCGGCGUGAAUCCCUACGUUUGUAAGCGAUGCAACAAAGCUUUCACGCGCCUUGGCUCUCUACAAAUACACGAAAGAAUUCACUCUGGCGAGAAGCCCUACGUGUGUAAGCAGUGUGAGAAAGCCUUCCUGUCUCUGAACCAGUUGAGACGGCAUGAGGUGACCCACACCGGCAUCAAACCCUAUGUGUGCACACAGUGUGGGAAGGGGUUUGUCUGCUCUACUACCUUCCGCAGUCAUGAAAAGACGCACAGUGGCGAUAGCCCAUACGUGUGCUCACAGUGUGAGAAAGUUUUGAGCUCCGAGGGUGCGCUGCGGAAGCAUAAGAUGAUCCACACGGGGGAGAAGCCUUGCGUGUGUAAGCAGUGCGGGAAGACCUUCACUCACUUAAGUUCUCUUCAGUACCACGCACUGACACACACCGGAGAGAGGCCCCACGGCUGUAAGAGAUGUGGGAAAGGCUUCCGGUCUCUGAGUCACCUGAAGAAGCACGAAAGGACUCAGCACUGAGCAGAAACCUUAUGCAUGCGAGCAACAUGGAAAAUGUUUACGCAGCAUCUUUUGUGAAAACAAAGUCGUUCUCGCUGGCAUAAAUCCCUAGGUUUGUAAGCAAUGUUUACAGUUUUUAAAUGGCUGGGGUGCUUUCACAUAAGCAAACUCACACUGGAGAAAAGUGGGACUUUUUGCUACCAAUGUGAACAUAAAACAAACAAACAAUCCUUGAAACAGUCACAGUGGAGGCGAACCUUUAAAAAGAUAAUAUAGAAAUGGUUUUCGUGCUAAGUUUUCUUCAAGUACAUGAAUGAAGUCACACUGGAGAAAAACUCUGUGAGUGUAAGUGAUGUUUACACAUUUUUAUAGUCCCAGAUCAUGGAAAAGACAUGACAAAAUUUAGACUACAGAGAAACCUGGUACAUGCUUGCAAUGUAGAAAGUCUUCACUUCCCUGCUUCCUCCAAAAAUGUGUAAGAAGUUAACUAGAGGGGCUGGAGAGAUGACUCAGAGGUUAACAGCAAUGAUAUUCACCCAGAGGUCCCAGGUUCAAUUCCCAGCACCCACAUGAAAGCCCACAGCUGUCUAGCUCCAGUUUCAAGAGACCCAGUGCCCCUUCUGACCUCAAUGGGCCCUUCAUGAGCAUGGUACACAGACACACAUAAUAAAUGUUUAAAGCCAUACUAGAGAGAAACCCUUUGUAUGUAUGCAAUUUGGGGUAGCCUCUCAUUAGCAUGGUCUCUUUACACCAACAAGAAACAAGCUACACUAAAGUAACCCUAACUACAGUAUCGUAAGAGAAUUUUAGACUUGUUUAUUUCACUUGUGUAAGCGUUUUCCCUCAUGGAUGAAUGUGCGCCGUAUGUAUGUGGUGCCUGCUCCACCCCGAAGAGUACCUGGAGUUCCAAAUGGUCCUGAGCAGCUUUGGAGGUGCUGGGAACGGAACACAAGUCCUUUGUAAAGA